GAUAAAUGUCUGCUUUUGAAGUCGCUGAACUCGCUGAGGAGUUCGAUUCCAUCCACCCUUCUUCACUGGCACAACCUCGUCUAAAAUAUCAAGAGGUGCAGAACGGAUUACUUGAGCUCACGUCAGCUGACUCUAUCACCUGUUUGGCGACCCAUGAGAAGUUCUUGGCCAUUGGGACCGAACUAGGACGUGUACAUAUUUUGGACCAUUCUGGUUUUCCCGUGGAAAAUGGCGUCCACAGCAUGCACAACAGCGCAGUGAAUCAGAUCAGCGUGUCACAAGCUGGAGAUUUUAUGGUCAGCUGUGGCGACGAUGGCCGAGUCGCUCUGUACAACUUGUCGGAUACCAGCGAGAAUCGAGUUUUUAGAAUAAACGUUAAAAUCAAUGCAGUGGCUAUUGCUCCAGAUUACAAUCAAUCACAAGCCAUUGUGAUCGGUCACACGAAGCUACUGCUACUGUCACGCGAUGUGUUCAAGAGGCAAAAACAAGGGGAACUUGCGACUUCUCAAGGCAAAAUUCGAACUGUCAGAUGGCAAGGAGAAUUCAUUCUCUGGUCUGACGAUGCCCGCGUUUCCGUUUAUGACAUACGAGAUCAUCAGCAUAUUGCAUACAUUCAGUUCAGGGAGCAGCAACCAUUACUUUCGAUUCCUGUGAUUCCUUGCUACACCAGUUGGUGCUCAGACACCAGCUUUCUUCUUGCCCGCGGUCACUGUCUUCGCAUGUGUCAGGUUUUAGAACGAUAUUACUCUUCAGAAAGUGGCGAUACACCGAGGCAUUCCCUAUCCCGCUCCUCGUCGAUUCAAAUACCUGCGAACACGGAGGCCCCUUUGGGGUUGCCCAGUCGAUACGUUGAAGUAGCCUUCCAAGUGGACUUAGAAAGCAGCCUCAUCUGCGGUGUGUCACAUCAUCAAUCCAGCUUGUUUGCGCUCGUCGUCCCGAAUCUGUCUUUGGUUGAAUCGUCACACGAUCUCCCACUGGAAAUGCGAAUUAUUGAUAUCGAGAAUAUUGAGGCCUCGGCUACUUCUUGUAAGCACGAUUUCCGAAUCCACUGUGAACGGCUGACAUGGUCGAUCCAGCGUACAAAUCGUGUGCACCUCAACAUCUCCUUGGAAACCGUUCGGGGUGAGAACACACACUUCAUCGUCACUCCAAAGGAAGUCAUUUGUGCCCAAGAGCUGACGGCAGACGAUAUCAUUGACUGGCUUAUAUCUUAUGGUCAUUAUGUGGAGGCAUUGCAAUUGGCAAAGGAACGACAUCGGCAGCUACGUACACAUACGACGCAGUCCCUUGUCCCUUACUUACCGAUCGCUACGGGACCCAACUCGUUGAAAUUGGAAUCGGCACUUUAUGAAGCUAUUCUUGUUGACUACAUGGAUCGCGAACCAUCUCGGUUCCUGGAAUUGCUGUCUCAGUGGUGCGAGCUAGAAUUAAUCUUGUCCUACGAUAACCUACUUCGGAUGCUGAUUGAUCGGAUCGACCGCCACGCAUCCUUAUCAGGCCUCAGUGAAGUGACUGGGCUUGAACCGAACCUGAGGAACCUUUGGCAGGCGCUGGCGGUGCUGUACGAGAGAGUUGGUCUUCAUGACAAGGCAAUCGAUAUUUUAGUGCAGCUUCGAGACCCCAUGGUGUUUGAUUUCUUUGAACGAAAACAGUCGCAACCCGCCAACUGGCGCCUACUUGACGUGUUUAAAGAAAGGCUGGAGUAUUUUAUCGAUUUGGAUUCAACAAGGGCUAUCGCAAUUCUCAUUGAACAUAUCUCGGUCAUCCCAGUCGAAUACGUUAUCCCACGUCUUGAUGUAAAACCGGCGCUGCUUUGUCAAUAUUUGGACAGCGUUCACAGUCGUCACCCGAAUUUGGCCCGACCUCACAUUUCCCUACUCUUAGAACUCUAUACUCGGUUCGCCCGCGACAAGCUGCUCCCAUUGCUGCGGUCUACAGAAUCGUACCCACUGAAUGACGCAUUGACAAUUUGUGAGAGGGCACGUUUAAUUCCAGAAACUGUCUAUCUACUCACACGCAUAGGCAGGCGCCAAGACGCUUUGCGACUAAUCAUGACGCAGGGCGAGGAUGUGAGCGUCACUCAGCCUGAAUUCCGCCAGACUUCCGAGUACGAACAGAAGCAGUCUGCAGCUGCGGCGGCGGCAAUUGCUUACUGCUGUGAAGAGGAUUCCGUGCGCAAUAGACUAGGCCAGUUAGGUCUGACGACGCAGACAUCUAUCUUUACUUCCUCCUUUGGAUUAACCGGCAACGAAGAUGAGGAUUUGGAUUCCCAAGGCGGUGAAUUAUGGCAGCAGGUCGUUCUGUUUGCAGUGGAUAAGCCAGCAUUUAUUCGAGCGCUGCUACAACAUGCCGACUCGGAGGGACUAGACCCAAGAUUGUUGUUGCGAAAAAUUUCACCCGAUAUGUGCAUACCUGGAUUAAAAGGAUCUUUGAUAACGUUGAUGCGCAACUAUCGACUGCAGUUGGAACUCCAAAGGAACUGUCAGAGCAUUCUUCGUAGUGAUUUGCAUCGCUUAUUCACCCGAUUACUACGUUGGAAAUCUAAGGGACUGCGUGUCGAAUCCAGCGGUUUUUCUUUCUUCGUGUGCACCCUCUGCACACAUCCAUUGAUAAGACCGCAAACACAAAACCCUUCCUCGUGCGAUCGGCCCGGCCAAACAGAGAUAGCCUCAUCUUGCCUUGUGUUUCGUUGCCAACACGUUUGUCAUGCAUCAUGUCUACCAGUCAAUAGAGCAGCCUCUUGUCCAAUUUGUACAAGCUCUUGA